AUGAAAUCGUUGUGCUUCUUGGCCACGUCGCUGGCGGCUACGGCUUGCGCUCGUUCACUCCACAACCCGAUCCAACAGGCGAUCACAUUCGAUGAGCAACAGCCCAUCGACCAGGACAGAUAUUUGAUCGAGCUCAGCCCGGGAGAGACAAGAUGGGUCUCCGAAGACGACAAGUGGGAGCUAUUGAGGAAUGGCAUCAAGUUCAUGGAUAUCACCGAGAAUGGUCACACUUACCCAUACGUCGUUUCUGACCUCGCCUCAAGCACUGUCACCUACCCAAAGAAACCGCAGCAUAAUGAAACGGUCAGGUCAUUGGCAAAGACGCUCGACAAGGACAACAUGCGCAAGCACCUUGAAACAUUCACAUCCUUCCAUACCCGCUACUUCAGGAGUCAGACUGGUAUAGAUGCGGCUCUGUGGUUGCACGACCAGAUCAAAGAUAUUAUGGAAGCAUCAGGCGCGUUCAACUACAGCGCCUCGCUGAACUUGUUCCCUCAUUCGUGGGGACAGUCCAGUAUUAUUGCCCGCUUUCCAGGCCAGACCAACCAUACGGUUGUGAUCGGUGCCCAUCUGGAUAGCAUCAAUAUGUUCCUCCCUUUCCUGCGCGCUCCUGGUGCCGACGAUGACGGCAGCGGCACCGUCACCAUUCUCGAGGCCUUGACCGCUCUGGUUCAAUCCCCAAAGAUCGUGAACGGCUCGGCUGAAAACACGGUCGAGUUCCACUGGUAUUCGGCCGAGGAAGGAGGUCUGCUGGGCAGUCAGGCGAUUUUCAAGUCCUAUCACGAGGAGGGCAGAGAUAUCAAGGCCAUGAUCCAACAGGACAUGACCGGCUAUGUUGAGCAGACCAUUGCGCAUGGGAAGCCCGAGUCAGUCGGCGUCAUCACAGACUUUGUCGACCCAGCCCUCACCAAGUUUGUGGAGAGCAUCAUCACCACGUACUGCGAUAUUCCUUACACUCUUACAAAGUGCGGCUAUGCCUGCUCCGACCACGCUUCAGCAAGCAAGUACGGCUAUCCAUCAGCUUUUGUGAUCGAGUCGGACUUUGAGUAUUCGGACAAGAAGAUUCAUACGUCGGACGACACCAUCAAGUACUUGAGUUUCGACCACAUGCUGCAACAUGCUAAGAUGACGCUUGGGUUCGCCUACGAGGCUGCAGUGGCCCAGUUUUAA